GGGUUUAUUUGGAGGAAUUUAGCUUAUUUUUGUUUUGGGUGUAUUGAUGCUUGUAAAAGAGAUUUGAUUUUUAUAUAUUUUGAGCUGCGCUUUUGAGUUCUUUAUUUGACGUCUUUUUUGUGGAGUGGAAAAUUGAGGGUGAAAUGGACUUGACAGAAAAGGAAAGAAAUAAAUGAAGAAAUCGAGAAAACAAUUAUUGUAAGGAAGAUCAUAAAAUGGUAUUGAAAAUCGCUGGUAAUAAUUGCUAUUGCCGGAAAAUUAAAGAUAGUUUUAUUAGAGGUUUUAUUAUGGUUUUUGUAACAGGUAGCUUGACUUUGAGUUAAUACAUUUUUGUGGAUCAAAUUUUUUUUCGGGUAGGGUUUAGCGUUUGAGGUACAGAGAUUGCAAACCCUCAUGCAGUAAAUAUACGGAUUUUAUACAGAGUUUUUGCUUCGGAAAUUGUGUUGACAAAGGGAAAAGAAAAUGUUGGAGGGUCCAAAGUUUAAUGGAAUUAUGGGCCUAAACAAUAACCAAGAUGACUUCUCACAGAACUUUUAUCAGAAGCUUAAUGAGGGUUCUAACAUGUCCAUCGAUAGUUAUGGGAGCUUGCAGAUGAGCAAUGGAGGAGGUUCCGUUGCCAUGUCAAUGGACAACAGCAGUGUUGGAUCGAACGAUUCGCAUACACGCAUAUUAGGCCACCAGGGCCUCAAGCAUGUUAAAAACUAUUCAGUAGCGGCAAGUGUCAAUCGUGGGAGAUCCCCUACCGGGCUGAGCAAUGAUGCACUGGCUCAAGCUUUGAUGGACCCUCGAUAUCAGACAGAGGGUCUUGGAAAUUAUGAUGAGUGGACAGUUGACUUGCGGAAGCUUAAUGUGGGGGAUGCUUUUGCUCAGGGAGCAUUUGGGAAGCUCUACAAGGGUACAUAUAAUGGUGAGGAUGUUGCCAUUAAGCUUCUGGAGAAGCCGGAGAAUGAUGUAGAGAGGGCGCACUUGAUGGAGCAGCAGUUUCAGCAGGAGGUGAUGAUGUUGGCGACACUGAAACACCCAAACAUUGUUCGCUUCAUUGGCGCCUGCCGUAAACCCAUGGUCUGGUGUAUUGUGACAGAAUAUGCAAAGGGGGGUUCAGUGCGCCAGUUCUUGACAAAGCGAAUGAACCGAUCAGUGCCUUUGAAAUUGGCUGUAAAGCAGGCCUUGGAUGUGGCUAGGGGGAUGGAAUAUGUGCAUGGACUAAAUUUGAUUCACAGAGACUUGAAGUCUGACAAUCUUCUAAUCGCGGCGGACAAGUCUAUUAAAAUUGCUGAUUUUGGUGUUGCUCGUAUUGAGGUGCAGACCGAAGGAAUGACACCAGAGACAGGGACAUACCGUUGGAUGGCUCCGUAAGUUCCUUACUUUCCUUUCCGAUGAAUUUUGUU